AUAUUUAUUUAGUUAUUCUUUGUAGAUGGGUCUGUCCUAGCAGGCCACCAAAUCCAAGAUGUUUGGGACAAAUAGUUCCAAUCGAGGAGCAUUUCUGGAGGCAACCAGAGAAGCCAGAGAAGAGCGGGCUGCUGAAAGAAGACGUGAUGAGGCUGCCAUUAAGAUACAGGCCACUAUUCGUGGCUGGCUUGUGCGGUGCUCACGAGAUCAAAAGAUAAGGGAUAAAUUCGACGAGUUGUUUGGCCAUGAUGUAGUACCCUUGGACCAAACGCCUGCAUUACCUCCUGCCCUGGAGGUCUUCCAGCAAGUCGCACACUUCAUUAAGAUAUUUAAUCUGGAGAAAGAUCAGAAGAGAUUUGAAAUAUUUACUCGGUAUUUGUUGGCCAGCAUGGACAGUGAAAACUUGCAGCAAAGUUACGUCUCUUGUGGAAUAAAUAAGGAUCUCACUUUACAUUGGAUUCAUCAUAUGAAAUGUGUUCUCUUCAUCGCCUGCAAAGUACUGGAAAGUUUGCAGGCAGAAGUAUCUUCAGAGAAUCGCCUGAUAUCCUUAUACCUGCACCUCCUCCUUGCCUUUACUGCGACCAACACCUGGAGGAUCGUACGCAUGCAGAGCUUUGAACCGCUCAGACCAGCACUUAAUAAGCUGACCGAAAACAUCAUGGGAGACUUAGUGUGUCGGGGCUUGUACACUACUUUAAAUCAUGUGCUGGUUCGAGGGUUAUGUCGAGGGAAGACAGCACUACGAGGCCCUGCAGUCACCACAGUGGUGACACUAGCGCUGCGUCCUCUUGUGGCAGCCCAGUAUUCGGACAAACUGCUUUCUCUAAUCACCAUCCACAUCCUCAGUGUUCCAGCACUUGUUCAUCACCUGGUUACCCUGGCUCCUGAGGCCCUGCAAAUGUUUCGCACCAAUGAUUUAUUUGAGAGAGAUGUGGAGUUUGUACAGACGGAGCAAAAUCUACGUAUUGUUUUUAAUACACUGGAAGGCUCCUAUGCUUUGUGUCUUCUAGCAAACCUAGUUCAUCUGGCAUAUGAAGAAAAAGAUCGUGCUCUUCCAAAGCUGGCAUUUCCCAAGUUCAAUUUUGUGGUGAAACGUCUGCUGGAGAAGUGCGGAGAAUAUGUGACAACGAAGCAGAGUAGCCUGACGCAGUGGCACCCUGUGCUUGGCUGGUUCUCACGUCCCCUUGACCAGCACCUCAACGAGUCUUUAACUUUGGUUAAAUCACAGCUCCAGCUCCUUUGGUCAAGCUCAAUUAUUAAAGUUAUGUUUUCAUAUCUUUCCAAUGUUGUAGAUCAAGAACCAUCACAAAGUGACUCCAACGUAAAUUCAGGAAAUGCUGCAUCCUCUGCAGCCUCUUCCUUCAGCAACAUAGGUUCUUUUGCCCCUUCAAAUUUCCUGAAGAAAGCACUAGAUCGUAAGCUUUGUUCCACUGUCACUGGAGGAUCCCUCAGAAGUGGAGGUCUACGUGGUGGAGGUUGCCGAAAGCUAGGUUCCCCAACAGUAUCUACCGUGGCCAUGGUGUGCUCUAUGUAUCACACAGCAAUCACAACUCUUUCACAAUUAAGGAUGGAUAUUCUUACAGGAUUAUGCUACAAGAGUGAAAUGGUGCCUCAACUAUGGCAUAUCCUGCUCUCACUUGGGCCAUCCUGUGGAAUCAAGAGUUAUUUAGACCUGUUGUCAGUUUCAACAAAAGCUACAGCACCUGAAUUUCAUUUGCUCAUCCUGUUUUGUGAUGCAACAACUCAUGUUGUUACGGUGCUUGAUGAUUUGGAGAUGUAUGAACAGCAGAAGCCUUUCAGUCUUGUUGACUACUCAACUAUGGCAUCAUUCCUCAAUAAUUUUACUUACAAGAUAAUUAACAAUGGUUUGGUGGAUGUUCGCAGUGUCCAAAGUAGUGCCCUCUUUGUCUCGGUGCACACGCUCCUCAUGCUUUUAUACAAGAGAAAUUCACGCAGAAGCUAUGUCCCUGACACUCAUUGGCUUAUUAAAGAAGUGCGUGUGUCCACAUUCAUGGCUGAGCUGGAACGGGGCAAGAGAACUGCCCAGGUACUGAUGCAGAAAAUGCCGCACAUCAUCCCUCACACCGAGCGAGUGCUGCUGUUCAGAAAACAUGUCAACAAUGAAAAAGCUGUGUUAGGACUAACAGAUGCUGCCUGUGCCACACCUCAUUCCACUCUUAUCACAAUACAUAGAUCUCGCCUUGUAGAAGAUGGUUAUAGACAGCUAGCGUCACUAUCUCCUCGAUCCCUGAAGGGUAUGAUACGAGUUCGCUUCAUUAAUGAGCAAGGGUUGGAUGAAGCUGGAAUAGACCAGGAUGGAGUCUUUAAAGAGUUCCUGGAGGAGACACUCAAGAGAGUAUUUGACCCGUCCCUUAACUUGUUCCGUCUCACAAGCGAAGAGCGUCUCUACCCGUCCCCAACGUCCUCCAUGACGGAAAAUCACCUCCAGUUGUUUGAAUUCACCGGACGCAUGUUAGGAAAAGCGGUGUACGAGGGUAUUGUGGUUGACUGCCCAUUUGCAUCAUUCUUCCUCAGUCAAGUAUUGGGUGAGCAACAAUCAGCUCUCUACUCUUCCAUUGAUGAGCUGCCCUCACUGGACCCGGAAUUGUACAAGUCAAUGACUUAUAUCAAGCAUUAUGAUGGAGAUGUAGGAGACUUGGACCUGACAUUCUCCUAUGAUGAAGAUUACUUGGGCCAGAUCAUUAAUCAUGAACUUAGGCCUGGUGGUAAGGUGGUACCUGUCACUAAUGACAACAAAAUUGUUUAUAUCCACCUCAUGGCACACUUCAAGAUGCACACACAGAUCAAGGACCAAACAAAAGCCUUCAUCCGUGGCUUCCGUUCCAUCAUUAACCCAGAGUGGCUGUCACUGUUUUCCAUUCCAGAGUUCCAAAGGCUUAUCUCGGGAGACAACGUAGCCGUGGAUCUCAAAGAUCUGCGUGAAAACACACUUUAUUAUGGUGGCUUUCAUGAUAAACACAGAGUUGUUUGUUGGCUGUGGGAUAUCCUUGAGCGAGACUUCAAAGAGGAGGAACGAGCACUUUUCCUAAAGUUUGUGACCAGCUGUUCCAAGCCUCCACUCUUAGGAUUUACACACUUGGAACCACCGUUUUCUAUUCGUUGUGUUGAAGUUGGUGAUGAUGAAGAUACAGGUGAUACCAUUGGAAGUGUUAUCCGUGGUUUCUUUGCUAUACGCAAACGUGAUCCUGUGAACCGCCUUCCCACCUCAUCUACAUGCUUUAACCUGCUUAAACUACCAAAUUACCAGCGAAAGAGCACUCUUAGAGAUAAAUUACGUUAUGCUAUUACAAGUAACACAGGAUUUGAGCUUUCUUAAGGUUAAUAAUUGAACUGAAUGCAGAAAAUGGUCUCAUGAAUCAAUAUUUGCAAAUCAGUUAUUGAAAUGGUAUUUAUCCUGAAAGUUCACAGAUGACUGAGAAGUGUCAGCAAUUACUUUCCCAAAUCACCAGUGUGUGUGUGUGAGACCCAUAGUCUGCUCCCGAGUAGAUGAGAUGCUGAUGUAGACUUGUGUAAAGCUGUUCUAUGCUUGAGAUGAUCAUCACUAGUGAGCUCUUAUAUUUUCCAAACUGAAGAUUAUAUAUAUGUUUUUACUGUACCUGAAGAUAUUGAUGAUCUUCUAAUGCUAUUAGAUCUUAUAUUUGAAUAUACCAUAACAUUUUAAUAUAUUGCUGAAAUAUAAUAUAAUAAUAUAUUAUAAUAUAAUAUAUUAAUAUAUUGCCGAAAUAUAAUUUAUUUUGUGUGGGUAAUGAGACUUGUACAUGAAAUUUUAGAAAUGUAUAAUAUUCUUUACGGUAAUAACCUUUGUUUUUGAAUUGCUGAAAUACUGUAGUACUGAACAUUGAUCAGUUGAUUUUCUAAACAGUGUCCAGUAGCGUAUUGCAAUUAAUUAGAAGUUUAAGACUGUAUCAAAUUAUUUAAAGAAUAGUACAAACAUAUAUUUGUCAAUUAUAUGUGAUGUCAUAAAGUAUAAAUGUCACUCAUUUUUCUAGCUGUCAUGCUCUUUGGAAAUAUACUAAAUCCAAGUGUGGCUCAGGGCUCUUGUGAGGUAACAUUUGUCAAUAAAGACAAUGAUUCAAGUGUCCAUGCAGUUAAGAAAUUUGUGAGUACUGUAUAACUUAGAAAUAUUUUUAUUGUGUGUGCUAGUGUUGAAGCGUUUGGGGGGUAAAGGAAUCAUGGGUUUUCUUCAGUCAUUUGUAAGUGUUCUCCAGCAGCAAAUAACAAAGAUUUGUAUCAUUCAGCUCUUUAUUUGUACUAAUAAUAUUCAUAUCAUUCAUUAUAUUUUGUGUUUAUGAUAACAAAAAUUAGUUAUUAUGGAAAUGUAGGUAGUGUUGAAGCACUACAGAUCAGACAUGACAUAGGCCUAUAGGCAAAGGGAGAUGACAUAGGCCUAUAGGCCAAGAGAUAUGACAUAGGCCUACAGGCCAAGAGAUAUGACAUAAGCCUCUGGGUUAUAAUAAAUGACUUAGGACUACAGGCCACUAGAAAUAUAUUUGACUACAAAUCACUAGAGAUGACAUAGGCCUAUAGGCCAGGAGAGAUGACAUAGGCCUAUAGGCCAGGAGAGAUAACACAGGUCUACAGGCCAGGAGAGAUGGCAUAGGCCUACAGGCAAGGAGAGAUAACAUAGGCUUACAGGCCACCAAAAGUGAUGUUCAACUACAGGUCACUGGGGAUGACAAAUGACAACAAGUUAGGAAAGAUCAGGGUAAAAAACCAGCGUUGAAUGUAAUGAAACGCCAUUUUCUGGGUGAGACCCGGAGGCUCCCCAGAGCUAUCUGGGCUGAUUUGCUAAUGUCAGGCUUUGGCAUUAGUCAUGUGUAUAGAGU